AGGUGCGCACGCAAACUGCGCAUGAGUUGCUUUCACUUCCUGGAAGCGAGGGCGCGUCAAUAAACAUUCUCUUUAAUCAUUGCGUUCCCCUUUAGGCUAUGGUCACACCAGAGACUGGCUGAAAUUGAAGACAAGAACUGACUUUGAACUUUUAAGACAUUUGGUCCACCAAGUUUCAGCAGUUUCCUCCCUGGUUCCAUCAUGUGUGAUCUCAGACAAGACAGCGAUUUGGAGACAGAUCACAUGGCUGAUUUCUCCCAGAUAAACAUUCGCCUGGACUCAUUCCGCGGCUCCAGCCUGGCCCAGCAGGUGUCCGCAGAAAGACUUGCCCGCGCCGGCUUCUACUUCACCGGCUACGCUGACCGUGUCCAAUGUUUCAGCUGCGGGAUGACCGUGGAGAACUGGUGCAGGGGAGACACGCCUGUGGAGAGGCAUAUAGAGCAACAACAUUCAUUCAGGAAACCAUUGGAAAAUGUUACUCUCAACACUUUAUGUUUCCAGUGUUUCCCCAUCAUUGCAGAAGUGGGAGAGGUAGUUGAUGAAAGCACCUACCCGAUGGUCCCUCACAUGAGGAGCGAGGAGGCCCGGCUUCGGACCUUCUCUGCCUGGCCCUCUACUGCUCCAGUGAGACCCCAAGACCUGGCCCAAGCCGGCCUUAUUUUACCUAGGGUGAAGUAGACCACGUUGCAGUGUUUCUGCUGCAACAACAUGCUGGGGGGCUGGGACGCGGGAGACACCGCCUGGGGAGAGAACACGCAAACAUUUCCCAGAUGCUCGUUCAUCCUUGGCAAUGAUGUUGGCAAGGUCCCAUUAGCGGGGGGACGGUGGAGGAGGGAUUGUGGGAGUAGACAACAGGCAAACGUUUCGAGCCCAGGAUGGGGAGUUAUGAAGAGAGGCUUGCUAGCUUUCGCGGCUGUUCAGCACCCUAUUGACCCCGAGAGGCUGGCCAGAGCUGGCUUCUACAGCACAGGUGCAAGAAGACAGGGUCCUGUGUUUCCGCGUGAUGGAGGUUUGAAAGGAUGGCAACCUGAAGGAAGACCUUGGGAAGAACAUGACAAACACACCCUGGAUGCAGUUUCCUGUUAGCAGAAAAAGGACAAGAAUUUGUUAAACACAUCCAGCUCCAAGACCCUCGGACG